UUUGGCAACACUUCAAACAGACACAAGUUUUUCUCCUUUUUUCCUCCUACUUAUAGAUCCAUUCUCUAAUUAAAAUCAGUGUUACUGCUUUUUGCUCGAGGAAUUACAUAUUUAUUCACAUCUAACUACUAAAUUUCAUAUAAAUAAUGCCUUCAAACAUCGGGAUCAAGGGUAUCGAAGUAUACAUUCCAACUGAAUGUGUUAACCAAGCUGAAUUGGAAAAGCACGAUGGUAUUCCAGCUGGUAAGUACACCAUUGGUUUGGGACAAACCAACAUGGCCUUUGUUGGUGACAGAGAAGACAUCUACUCCAUGACCUUGACUGUUCUUUCUCGUUUGAUUGAAAACUACAAGAUUGACACCAACAACAUUGGUCGUUUAGAAGUUGGUACUGAAACUCUUUUGGAUAAGUCCAAGUCUGUCAAGUCUGUCUUGAUGCAACUUUUGGGUGAUAACAACGACGUUGAAGGUAUAGAUACCAUCAAUGCCUGUUACGGUGGUACUUCUGCUGUCAUCAACGCUGUCAACUGGAUUGAAUCUUCUUCUUGGGAUGGUAGAGAUGCUGUUGUUGUUUGUGGUGACAUUGCCAUUUACUCCGAAGGUGCUGCUCGUCCAACUGGUGGUGCUGGUGCCGUUGCUCUUCUUAUUGGUCCAGACGCUCCAAUUGUCUUUGAUUCUACCAGAGGUUCUUACAUGGAACAUGCCUAUGAUUUCUACAAGCCUGAUUUCACUUCUGAAUACCCAGUUGUUGAUGGUCACUUCUCCCUUGCCUGUUACGUCAAGGCCGUUGAUAACUGUUACAAGAACUACUCCAAGAAGGUCACCAAGUCUGCUGACUCCACUGUUGGUGUUUUCGACCAUUUUGAUUACAAUGCUUUCCAUGUUCCAACUUGUAAGUUGGUCACCAAGUCAUACGCUAGAAUGCUCUACAAUGAUUUCAAGUCUAACCCAGAAAAGUUUGUUGACUCUAUUGAUGCUGAAACCAUCAAAUCUUUACAAGCUUUGACCUACGAACAAUCCCUUGUUGACAAGGCCGUAGAAAAGACUUUUGUUGCCUUGGCCAAGGAACAAACCAAGGCUAGAGUGCAACCAGCUUUGACCGUUCCAACCAACACUGGUAACAUGUACACUGCAUCUGCUUGGGCUUCUUUAUCCUCCCUCUUGUACUACGUUGGAUCUGAAAACUUGCAAAACAAGAGAGUUGGUAUUUUCUCUUAUGGUUCUGGUUUAGCCUCAACCUUAUUAUCUGCCGUUGUUAAGGGUGAUAUUUCUCACAUUACCAAGACUUUGAACUUUGACCAUAAGUUGGGUGAAGGUAGAUUCACUAGAACUCCAGAACAAUAUUUACAAGCCAUUGAAUCUAGAGAAAAGGCUCACUUACAAAAGUCUUUCAAGCCACAAGGUUCUAUUGACCAUCUUGCUAAGGGUACUUACUACUUGACUGAAAUUGAUGACAAGUACAGAAGACAAUACGCUAAGAAGGAUUAGUGCUAAUGUUUGUACAUAAUUAUAAUAUAAAUACCUUAAAGUUA